AUGAAGACGCACACAGGUGAGAAGCCCCACGUGUGUCCCGUUAAAACGUGUGUCAAGCGCUUCAGCACGUCCGGGAACUUGUCGAGACACAAGCGUCUCCACGGGUAUAUUGAGCCACUACAAUGUCCCGUUGAAGGGUGUUUGAGCUCCUUCCCCAGCAAUAACAAGCUCGAGAAGCACAUGAAAUUCCAUCUCGGAGGUGCUGUACACGUGUGCAGCAUCAACCACUGCGGCAAGACCUUCAGCACCGUGGGCAACCUGAACCGCCACGUCAAGAACCAGCACAUUGACGAGGUAUCCACCAGCUCGUCGUUUGAUUUUAGUGCAUCGAGCCCCACCAGUGCCGAGCAGCAGUCGAUGUCCUCCUACACGGCGCUCCUGCUCGAUAGCAGCAUGGAGGUCUCCCAGCCACCUGCCAUUGAUGUGUCUAGUCUUCCACAGUUCACACCAGAACAGUGUGAGAUGUUCCAAAUGCUUCCUACGACGACCGGACACUUGGACGAGAUGGUCGACGUCCUCUCGGACAUUUUCGACGAACCCACCAACGAACAGACCAGAGAAACCGAAAACCACGGCAAAGUAAGUAUCCUCGACGAUAUGAUCAACUUUCACGUCUCCCGCAUCUCGAUGGCUUAA